AUGCAUCUGAUCUCGUUCUUUUCGGCGGUUCUUCUUCUUGCACAACACGCAUGGGGUUUGCCAGCCGAGAUUAACACAGAAUCGGUUUUAGAUGUUACCUUGAGUCAAAUGGGGAAUACCCAGAUUAAGGCCGUGGUCAAGAAUAUUGGUCAAAAAGAGGUGACCUUUGUGCAUUUGAACUUUUUUCGUGAUAUUGCACCUGUGAAGAAGGUUGUGGUUUAUCAAAAUAAUGCCGAGGUUACGUUUGAAGGCAUCAAGCGGCGCAUCAAACUUCAGGGACUUACUGCCGAUGCACUCACCACCCUUGAAGCUGGGAAGACCAUAGAGGACGUAUUCGACAUUGCCGCAACAACUGACCUGUCUAACGGAGGUUCUUUGACGCUCCAUUCCAGUGGAUUAGUCCCUCUCGUACGCGACGGAGUUGUCUUUGACUAUGUGCCAUAUCGCUCCAACCGCCUCAAGAUUGAGGUGGAUGCCGAUAAAGCAUCACAGAUCGUCAAGGCCAUCCCAACUCUGGAUCGGCGCACUCGGAUGACUUGCGAAAACGCGACUCUAAAACAACAGCUUACAGAUGCGCUGGGCGAAACUUCUUCCCUAGCUGCAGCCGCAGCAAUUGCCGCUCGAGAUGGUUCCGCAGAUAAGUUCAAUGAGUAUUUCAAGACUACAAACGAUUCAGUACGAGCAGUGGUCGCGGCUCGGCUUGACGCGGUCGCAAGAGAGGCCAACUCGACCACAUCGGCCACCACUUAUUAUUGCAGUGAUGAGUAUGGAUAUUGCGAAAGUAACGUCCUAGCAUACACGAUCCCAGCCCGAAAUGCGAUCGCAAACUGCGGUAUCUAUUACUCUUAUUUGCCGGAACUCGCAAAAAGUUGCCAUUAUCAGGACCGAGCAACGACCAGUCUGCACGAGUUCACUCAUGCUCCGGGAGUUUACAGUCCGGGAACCGAGGACCUGGGGUAUGGAUACGCAGCAUCGACUGCUUUGCAGAGUCGUGAGGCAGUUAUGAAUGCAGAUACUUAUGCAAUGUAUGCGAACGGUAAGAUGCAGCCCUCCUUCCCGUGA